UUUUCAUUUAAAAUGCUUCCUGGUUUUGGUGCACAAACAGUCAGCCCGUUCCCAAAUCCUCCAGAGUACGCAUCGGCGUAUACAAGUGAUCGAAUCAAUAAUGAUUCAGGUUCGGCACCACCUCCGCCGCAUCCACUUACGGAAUUCAAGGUGUACGGAGAGGAAUAUCGAUUGGAAGAUGAUGUCAUCGCCCCUCUGAAAAACGCCGGUGUUGCUGAGCUCUACAAGAACAAAAAUAAUUGGAAAACCGAGAUGAAGAAGUUGAACAGGUCCGCCAUAGUCGCAUUUUUCGAUUUGGUCGAAAUUCUGAUUCGCGCUCCCGAUCACCCAAUGAGAGAGGAGAAAAUGGUCGAUUUACACACGAUAUUCAUUAAUAUGCAUCAUUUGAUCAAUGAAUUCCGGCCAGUUCAGGCUCGCGACAGUGUUCGAAUUUUACAAGAGAGACAAAUCGAAGAAUUAUCGGAUAUUUGCAAGGAUUUUAAAAAAUAUCUGCGUGAUGGUCGAGAAGUUGUCGAUGACCAAUUCCAAAUGAUCCGUGGGAAGCUUCCAGCUCCACCUCAACCUUCGGAACUGACACGUGUCAAACUGCAAGACGGAGUGCUUCAUAUGCUUCAGGAGACAGAAGCUUCAGAUGACGUGGAAAUGAAAGAGGAAGAAGGAUCGGAAUAUAGUAAAAAGAAAGCGAGGCUGGAACUAUUAUCAAGAGAAGAUGGACCACCGAGUGUUGUACACUUGUUAGCAAGACAGUUUCAUGAUAUCUCACUGAAGAAAUAAUUAAAUAAUUUCAUUUUAAUUUAUUUUACCGGGUUUUCGAACUAUGAUUUUGACUCUGAUGAUCUUCUGAAAUGCUGUAAUUAAAAUUUCGUUUAAAAAUAACUUUUUUC